AUGAAAGUGGAAGAAUUGGCUGCUAAGUUCACUCCCACAGAGGUCCUUAAAACAGACACGCAAACAAAAAGCGUGGUGAUCUUGGGCACCGUCGAUGGAGAGAAUGCCAUCUGCUCGCUUGAGAAGACCGCGUUUUCCAUUUCCGAGGUGGGCGAUGCCCUGCUCAGCAAGUUGGUGGAUGGGAUCCAAUUGAUCAAUGACAACGACGUGUAUCUGUGGUCCAUGGCGGCGUUGGUGCAAGACUUGGAGAAGAGCCCAGGGGCAAAAGUCAAUUUCAUCCACCCGGCGUCGGAAACACACAUCCGGAAGUACCGUUCCCAGGCCCACCAUUGGGUGGCCGAGACCCCGGAAGUCUACCGCAAGAUCGUGCGGCCGUUUAUCGACACUCAGAAGGGCGACCGCAUCCAGUGGGUAUACAACAUUUUGUUCAAAGGCAAGGAGUCCGAGACGUUCAUUCAUCAUGACACGGAUCCGCAGGACGGGUAUGUGCUUCUUCCUGACAUGAAAUGGGACCGCAGCACCUUGGAAGCCUUGUAUCUAGUAACCAUAGUAAACCGCACGGACAUCUCCAGUGUGCGCGAUAUCGAUGGGUCUCACGUGGAUUUCUUGAUGAGGGUCCGGGAUAACAUCAAGCAGGUGGUUAGCGAAAAGUACCUGGUCGCCGAGGACCAGCUCCGCCUCUUUGUGCACUACCAGCCGUCGUACUACCAUUUCCAUAUCCACGUGGUCAACAUCAACCACCCUGGGCUUGGAGCUGGGAUCAAUGCAGGAAAGGCCAUUUUGCUUGAUGAUGUCAUCGACAACGUGAGGAUGGUGUAUGAUUACUAUCAGAGACGCACCAUGUACUACCAGCUUGGUGGGAACCACAAGCUAUGGGAAAAGUUGGAGGAGCUGAAGGAGUUGUGCUGCUGA